AGUCAGUCGGGCCUUGUGUGCUUCCUGGUCCUCAGCUCCGCCUCGCCUCGAUCUGGCCGGACAGGGGGAAACACUUCUCAGUUAGAGAACAAAAGCGGACGGACCGAGGAGGUCGAAGUAACGGCGACACCGAUUCCCAUCCGAAUCCGUGUCUUUUCCCACAAGAAUUGGUCGAAGACUGAACUCGAGCGAAAGGCGACAAACUUGGUUUCCUCGCAUCUUUGUGCCCGAUCAUAAUCCGUCGAGGUGAUAAAUAAGACAAGGGUCACACAGACAGACGGUGUUGUUUCCGUGACCCGUGUCCAUAACUUAGGUCGUAAAAACGGAGGAGUAACGGGCUUCUCUCGGUUAAGUGGACCUCGGGGGUGAAAGCUUGCCUUUGCGUUGUCGGUUUAUGUUGAUGUAUCCAUCUCGUGAAGAGGCUACACUUACAUUUUUGGACUGAGAACUUGGAAGUGGAACAAAGCCCAGCUGCGAAGGGUGAAACAACCUGUUAUAAGAAGACAGAUGGCAACAUACGGGGAACAAAACGGCAGAAAUGGACAACUUCUAUCCAUGAAGGAGCCUUUGGAGGGAAAAGUAACAAAGACAGAAUAUGAAAAUAAAGCAUCCUCUAAAGAUUUGGAACACUCUGACAAUUCGGCUGAGAGUAACAAUGGUGGCGUGGCUAGUUUCACCACUAACCACAACUCUGUUGUGUGCCUGCCUCUGGUAUCUGAAGGACUCAAAUUGGUGUGGACACAAUCGGAUCAGACCCGUGAACUGGACACGAUCCCAGAACUGGUUCAAGCCUUUAACAUAUUUCCAUACCCAUCGUCCCGUGAUGUUAACAGCCUUGCCCGGGUAUGUGCCUUGCCACUGGACAAAGUUAAGGUGUGGUUCAUGGUGCAGAGAAUUAAAUAUGGCAUUAGCUGGUCCUCAGAGGAGAUAGAGGAGACGCGACGUAAACUGGCAGUGCCUGAGCUCUAUGAGGAUUCUACUGAAACAACUGAAGAAGCCAAAUUGAGUCCCAACAGCAAAGGUUGUGAGGAGCUAAUAAAUGAGGAUAAAGACAAUGAUGGUGCAGAGGAUGAUUUUUCAAGCUUUGCCCCCAAAAAGACCAAACCAAAAUGUGAGUCACCAGAUGUCUACAAGCCAGUCAAACCCGCUGCCCCAUGUUUCAGUUCAACCUUGCCACCUCCUCAGGAUUCCUACUUUUACCGCCCGCCAGCAGAUGUGCCUGUAAGUACAGCUGGUAUCUCCCUCGACCUUUCAGAGUCGCCUUCACAACAGCACCGCCAUGGGCGUUAUAAAAAGUCAAAAGCCCAGCUUGCUGCUCUUCGGAAAAGCUUCCUGAGAGAGAAUUGGCCUGCAGAGGCGGAGCUAAGGCGUUUACAGGAAGAAACCGGGCUGAGCCGCAACGACAUUCGUAAAUGGUUCAGUGACAGCCGUUACCAGCUUAGGGUUGGCCGAGGCAGCCUGGCAGCAGCCCAGAACUAUUCUCAACACACCAUUGUGGGAGGUAAACAUGAUCAACAAACUCAGCCUCUUUCCCUGGUCAAUCAAAAGGCUCGUCAGCCCAACGGCCUGAAGGGCCCUGAGGGAGCGCGUAGCAAUGGGAUUAGAAACUCACAUUUCUUUCAGACCUUUUUGUCGAACAGCCUGGAGGCAUUUGGAGAAAAGGUCCUUGAGGCAGGGUGUGAUUCAGUGAAGGAGCUUUCGGGCGAUGGGGACACUUUUAAAGAUGCUGAACAAAGGGAAGAACAGCCCUUACAAUUAACCAAGGUCUCAAAGGUUGAGCCAGAUGUUUCACAGUCACCAGAUAUAUUGAUGUCGUCUUACUCCUCCCCCGGCAGCUCACCACUGCCGGCCUCACCUAACAAAUCACUUCCAGCCAGUGUCAGCACGUCUAAGAAAUCAUCUCGCUUGGCUAAAACCAUUCCUGCACAGUCACCCUUGCACGUGUCAGAGACUUCCUUAUCCACACCAAGAUCCUCUUCUCUCACUCCUGCAGGGCGGCCGAGAAAGACGAAGGGUCAGUUGGAUGUGCUGAAGCAGCACUUUCUACGCUGCCAGUGGCCCAAGAGUGAAGACUACACUGAACUAGUUAAGCUCACGGGUUUGCCCCGGGCUGAUGUUAUUCAGUGGUUUGGUGACACACGAUAUGCAGUUAAAAACGGCCAGCUGCGCUGGGUAAAGGGAGUCCGUGACCAGUUCUUGUCAGAACUUGCUGCCCAAAGUAGCAAUGGUUUCACAAAUGGAAGUGUUUCUGGAGCAUCCGCUCGCGUUGGAGGUCACCGCAAACGGAGAUUUCAAGGAAAUGGGCCGAGUGGGGAUUCUCCUGACACCCAGCCGUUGUUAAUGUAUUACCUGUCAACAGGGUCGCUGCAUGAAAAAGACCUCGACUCUCUAUGCAAGAAAUCAAAAAUGAGUUACCAGCAAGUACGUGAUUGGUUCGAAGCCCAGAAUGUUGCUCAUGAAGAACCUAAUAUUACUAUGGAGACACUGGAAUCAGACUGAAAAACAUGAACACAAUUGGCAUAAUUACUACUUUGGUAUAAAAUAUUUGAAUUGGUGCAUAUUAGUAAGAUCCAUUGAUAAAAGCGCACACACACACACACACACACACACACACGUUGCAUUACCUGCUUACCCUAAUACAUGUGGAGGUUUGCUGUAAUUUUUGUUUAGUUUAGUUAUAUUUAAACUGGUUGUAUUUUUGAUACCUGACUAUGGCAGCAAAGAAAUCUACCAUCACCUGUAUCUGCUUCAGAAAAUAGUUGAGUGAUCAUCAUCAUUCCUUUACAGCCAAUAAUUCCUUAUCAUGAAAAGCACACUGGAGAUGUACACUUUAAAAUGUCAUCUUGCACUUUGGGUGUAAAGCCUGCUGUCAUUAUAUUCAGUAAAUUAUGUGUUUCAUGGAAGCUCAGAUCCUACAGUGUCCUUGUUGAGCCCUUAAGACUGAAACCUUGAAUUUAACCCUUUUGAGAAAAUAUUGUUCCAUCUCACUGUUCAUAUCUAAAGCAAAUUUCUGAAAUGCAUAACCAAUACUGUCGGCCCGUCUGCUGUAAUAUUUCAUUUAUUAUUUGAGUAGUUUGGUUGCUUAUAUCUAACUGCACCUUUUACAGUGAAUGCUAUCCAAUGCACACAGAUAUCAAAUUUGCCAACUCCUGUUUUGAUUUACAGUCAGUAUUUUAUAUGUCUUGUCUUAAUAUGUGACCUUAUGAUGGACAAACUACAUGAGAUGAGGGUCCAGAUGCUUUGGAAGCGUCAAGGACAUUUACCAUGACCUGUUUAAGACUUGUAGUCCAAACUUAGGUUUUUAUUGUCUGUUUGUGUAUUUAUUACUUCACACACUACUGUGUUUCCAAGAAGAAAAGCUCCACACUUUAAAGUACUUCGUAGUUGACUUGCAGAAUGUCAAGUUUACUUUAAAUAUAGUCAGUUUAGUUCCAGUUAAGUAGAAAUGUCUGGACAGAGUUUAGAGGAUCCCACUGUUGACAAACAGUUUCCUUUAGCCAUUAAAAGCUAAUACAAGUGUCAUGUUAUGGAGGGAAUAUCCACAACACCUGUACAAUAGUUGAUGUUUUUGAUGUAUUUUUUUAUCUUGUUUAAAGGAAAAUCUUAUUUGCACAGAUGUGUCACUGGAAACCAGUAAAGAAUUAGCUUUUUUA